UAAAAUAGUUUUUUUGUGAAUGAAGGAUCGCUUAUGCCAGGUCGAACGGCAGGUCUUUCAUUUUUCCGUCAAAGUCUGUGUGAGUUGUGAUUGGCUCAAACCGAGAUAUUGCUUUGAAUACAGCCAAUGGACACUCGGCAUCUGGCUGACCAAUCACGGACGAAACGCGAACGCUAGUAACUCUUUGCGAGUUCUCAGCCAAUAGAAAAUGAAGAAUACAAUUCUUUCAUUUGCAUAUCGCCAAUAUAAAAAACAGCAGCGCUCGUGAGCCCUAGAUGACUGGAGAGCGCGUGAAAACGCAGAGAUGCCGGAGCCAGCGAAGUCAGUGCCGGCUCCUAAAAAGGGAUCUAAGAAAGCUGUGACGAAGACUCAUAAGAAAGGCGACAAGAAGCGGAAGAAAGUUAGGAAAGAGAGUUAUUCUAUCUAUGUCUACAAAGUUCUGAAGCAAGUUCAUCCGGACACCGGCAUUUCAUCCAAAGCCAUGAGCAUCAUGAACUCCUUCGUGAAUGAUGUUUUUGAGCGCAUCGCUGGGGAAGCUACCCGCUUAGCUCACUAUAACAAGCGCUCAACUGUCACCUCGAGAGAGAUUCAAACGGCUGUCCGGCUCUUGCUGCCCGGGGAGCUGGCUAAACACGCUGUCUCCGAGGGCACGAAGGCUGUCACGAAGUAUACCAGCUCCAAGUAAAUUACAGCCACUCACUGCAACCUAACGGCUCUUUUAAGAGCCACCUAUUUUUUCAUUAAGAGAGCUCUACGACUCUUCUAUCCCCUACUAAAAGUU